GACUACAAGGGCCAAAAAUUAGCAGAACAGAUUUUUCAAGGAAUCAUUCUUGUUUCUGCAAUAAUUGGUUUCAUCUGUGGAUACAUCACUGAACAGUUUGAAUGGACUGUCUACAUAGUCAUGGCUGGAUUUGCUUUAUCAUGUUUGCUAACGCUCCCUCCGUGGCCUAUGUACCGCCGCAAUCCUCUGAAGUGGCUCCCUGUCCAAGAGUCAGGAACAGAAGAAAAGAAGCCAGCAGACAGAAAGCCAAAGAGACAUGCUAAAAGCUAA